AUGAUUACAAAUAAAACCGGAAAGAAUGGAUUCCUCCUCAUGGGGUUUUCUGAGAAUCCUCAUCUGCAGCUCUUACAAGCUUUCCUGUUCUUGGUCAUGUACCUUUUGGCCUUGACAAGCAACUUCAUCAUCAUCAUCAUCACAACACUGGAUGAGCAGCUCCAGUCUCCCAUGUAUUACUUUCUGAAGCAACUUUCCCUUCUGGAUGCCUCCUUCAUCUCUGUCACCGUCCCCCAGUCCAUUGACAAUUCCCUCACAGGCAAUGGCUAUAUUUCCUAUGCUCAGUGCAUGCUCCAGGUUUUCUUCUUCACAUCUCUGAGCUGGGCUGAGAUGGCCAUUCUCACCGUGAUGUCUUAUGACCGCUAUGUCGCCAUUUGCUACCCACUGCACUAUGAGCUCAUCAUGGAUCCCAGAAAGUGUAAGAGAGCUGUGUCAGCUGUAUGGGUAAGUGGAGGCAUCUCAGGAACUUUGUAUAUGGCUGUCACAUUGUCUAUCACAUUCUGUGGGGCCAAAGUCAUCCACCAGUUUUUCUGUGACAUUCCCCAAUUACUUAAGUUCUCCUGCUCCAAUGAUUACCUUGCAGUCAUUGGAGUGGCUGCAUUCAUGUCUCUGAUGUCCUUAGCCUGUUUCAUCUCCAUUGCCUUCUCCUACAUCCACAUAUUCUCCACGGUCCUAAGAAUCCCCUCUGCUGAAGGCCGAUCUAAGGUCUUCUCCACCUGCCUACCCCACCUUUUUGUCGUCUCAUUUUUCCUCUCCACAGGCAUCUGUGCCUACCUCAAACCAACUUCAGAUUCUCCAACUUCUUUGGACUUUAUGUUAUCCAUAAUUUAUGCAGUAAUUCCUCCAACACUCAAUCCAAUUAUCUACAGCCUGAAAAAUGAGGCACUAAAGGAAGCUUUAGGGAAGUUACUUUUGGGUAGCUAUUUCACUGGGAACAAAGCUUAUCUCUUGUGUUGUUAG